AUGACCGGCCGCCGCCACCACCUCCUCGCGCUGGCGCUCCUCGCCGCCGUCGCGCUCACCCCGGCCGCGUCCCAGCCAGGGCCAUCUCCCUUCGACCCGCCAGCAUCCUGGUCGUUCCCCAACCCGCGGCUCCGCGCCGCCUACAUCGCGCUCCAGACCUGGCGCCGCACCGCCAUCUUCUCCGACCCGACCAACUUCACCGCCAACUGGGCCGGCCCCAACGUCUGCGCCUACAACGGCGUCUACUGCGCGCCGCACCCGGCCGACGGCGCCAUACUCGUCGUCGCCGGCCUCGACCUAAACCACGCCGACAUCGCCGGCUUCCUCCCCCCAACCCUCCCGGCCGGCCUGCCCGACCUCGCCCUCCUCCACCUCAACUCCAACCGCUUCUGCGGGGUGCUCCCAGACACCUUCCUCCACCUGCGCCUCCUCCACGAGCUGGACAUCAGCAACAACCGCUUCGUCGGCGCCUUCCCGGCCGUCGUCCUCGCCCUGCCCUCCCUCAAGUACCUCGACCUCCGCUUCAACGACUUCGAGGGCCCCAUCCCGCCGGCGCUCUUCGACCGCCCGCUCGACGCCAUCUUCCUCAACUCCAACCGCCUCACCCGCCCCAUCCCGCCCAACCUCGGCAACUCCCCCGCCUCCGUCCUCGUCCUCGCCCACAACCGGCUCGGCGGCUGCAUCCCCCCCAGCAUCGGGCAGAUGGCCGACACCCUCAACGAGAUCGUCCUCAUCGACGACGCCCUCACCGGGUGCGUACCGCCGCAGGUCGGCCUGCUCAGGAAGCUCACCGUCUUCGACGUCAGCGGCAACCGCCUCCAGGGCCCGCUCCCGCCCGCCGUCGCCGGCCUCGUCGCCGUCCGGGAGCUCAACGUCGGUCAGAACCUCCUCGAGGGCGCCGUGCCGCCCGCCGUCUGCGCGCUGCCCAGCCUCAGGAACUUCACCUACGUCGACAACUUCUUCAGUUUCCGCCCCGGGUGCCCCGUGGCCACGGCCGACGGCGCGUGGAACUGCAUCCCUGGCGCUCCCGCCCAGCGGCCGCCUGCGCAGUGCACCGCCGUCGCUGCCAGCCCGUUCGACUGCAGCACGGCGCAAUGCCAGGCACCGGCCACAGCAGUGCCAGUCCGUCCCCCGACCAGGCGCCCAGGCGGCCGGACGCCGCCCGCUCCAGUGGGAGGGCGUGCGCCACAUCAGCGCCCGCCUACGCUGAGGCCGUCGACUCCCCCGCCACCACCGGGCUCGGGUACUCCAUCCUACCCGUCACCUCCUGGCGGCUCCACAACGCCAGGAUCCGCAGCGCCGCCACCACCGACCUCCGGCGAGAGCCCCGGGCACGCAAUGCCGCCUUCAUACACACCACCGUCCUCCGGCUACCAGCCGCCGUCUGCGUCCUCCCCGUCAGGCCAACCGGCGUCGCCGCCACCCGGGUACGUCACGCCGCCCACGGCGCCGCCAACCGCCCCGACACCAUCCUCGCCGCUGCCGCUGCCCGCGCCGGGUCCCUGGACACCACCGCCACCUCCAAGCGGCGCCGGCGGCGCGCCACCCGGCGGAGCGGGAGGAACGCCGCCGUUCCCGCCAGUGCAGGGCGUGCGGUACUCGUCCCCACCACCGCCACCAGCAGCAGAGGUGCCGCCGGUCCACGGCGUGUCCUACGGGUCGCCGCCGCCGCCGCUGCUCCCGCCGGUCUACGGGAUGUCGUACUCGUCCCCGCCACCGCCGGUCCAUCCUGUCUACGGGGUGUCCUACGGGUCGCCGCCGCCACCGACGGGGCCGUAG